AUGAAUCACAUGUGCUUUGCUGAUGAUAUGCUACUGUUCUGUAAAGGAGAAUUUGUCUCUAUUAAACUGAUGCUAGAAGGACUGUUAACUUUCUCUGAAGCAUCUGGGCUAAUUACGAAUGCAGGCAAGUCAAACAUUUUUAGUGCUAAUAUAGAGAGGAGGUGCUUAGAAGAUAUAUGUGAGAUCACUGGGUAUGCAAAAGGAUCAUUGCCUUUAAAAUACUUGGGGGUCCCCAUUUCAUCUAAGAAACUAACAAUUGUAGAUUGUGAAAUGCUAGUGGACAAAUUAGUAUGUCGAAUUAGAACAUGGGGGACAAGGAAUCUGUCAUAUGCGGGAAGAACACAGUUGGUAAACUCAGUUCUGCUACAUAUACAUACUUACUGGUCGUUUAUUUUCCAGCUACCUAAGAAAGUUCUGAAGAGUAUUACAGCGGUUUGUAGAAAUUUUCUAUGGAGUGGGCAAGAGAAUACAACAAAAUCACAACUCAUAAGUUGGGAAAAAGUGUGCAGAAGUAAAAAAGAAGAAGGGCUGGGUAUAGUGGAUUGCAUGAUAUGGAAUGAAGCAGCCAUAGCAAAAUAUGUAUGGAACAUAGCAAAAAAGGCAGACAACUUAUGGGUAAAAUGGGUGAAUCAGAUAUACUUGAAAGAAGAGAUUGGUGGCAAUAUCAACCAACUACUGACAGUUGUUGGUACUGGAGGAAAAUAUGCAUCAUUAAAGAGAAGUUUGCGCCUGGAUAUAUGGGUACCAAACAAAGGAGUAUACACGAUUCAAAGUGGCUACCAAUGGAGACGAGGGAAUGACAGUCAAUGGCCAUGGUGGAGGGAUGUCUGGAACAAAAUGAAUAUACCAAAACAUAGUUUUAUCUGCUGGAUUGUCAUGCACAGAAGGAUUUUAACUAAGGACAGAAUUGGAGUCCUUGAAUGGCUGAAGAUUGGGAUAAACAACACAAGCAUUGAUGGAUUAUGGAGAAGAGUAACAAGAAGAGCUAAGGGAAAGAUUAGCAGAUCAUUAAUCAAGGCAAUCAUUGCGGCACUAAUUUACCAUAUAUGGCAGGCGAGAAAUGGGGCCUUGUGGAACAAAGCAGUAACAAGACUGACAAAAAUCCUGAAGAUGAUUAAGGAGGAGAGUAGAAGCAGAACCAGGGGAAGCACCCAGAAGAAACACACCAACAAAGAUGCGACAUGGAUAGACAAUUUCUUUAAAUGA